AUGGAUCGCGCUGGUUCCGGUCAGACGAGUCUCUUCCCAAGAGGACCGAACUUUACCCUCGACGACUUCUCCAAUAAAGACUUUAUAGUGCGUGACUUUGUCGACAGUCUCGCUGAGAGCGCCGUACCCUCGAACCGACGAUCUGGCAAUGCGCAAGCGCCCUUCGAUCCCAAACCCCUGAUUCGAACAUUUGAAAAUGCACUCGAUCAACUUGGUUCUCUUGGAGCUGAACUCCAGGAGAAGGAGUCGGAGCUCAUGUCGCAUGUGCGCCGCGCAGAGGUAGCUCACGACUCAACUCUCGAAACACUAGGCCAGAAGCUCGACGAAUCUAUGAGGGCAUUCGAACAGCUCGAUCUCUCUCUCAACCAGGAACAUUCAUACAAGAACGGAAUUGGCGUCAAUUCCCACGCUGGCGGCAACGUUGCGCUGCAGAUUGGAGAGAAGCUCGAGGAUCUGGACAAGAAGCGAAGACGAGCCAACGACGCCAUAUUUUUAAUUCAGUGCUGGACAGAAGUCAGUGAGACGGGAAAGCUCUCGCUGCUACAAGACGUCCAAAGACAGGCCGGUUCUGAACACAAAGUGCGAUGCGCCAUGAUCGUUCGACAACUUAUGCGCAUCAGUCAACGAUUGGAUCCGGCAUCAUGGGGUCAAACAAAAAGCUUGAGAAAUGGCGGAACCACGAACGGCGUCGUGGGCAACGUGAGAUUACAUAACACCAGGGAGGUAUUGGAGAAGUUCUGUGAAACGCUCGAACAGGAUCUCCUACAGCAAUUCGAAAACAGUAACAAGAAGGGCAACUAUGGCGACAUGAUGGAAUGUGCAAAGGUUCUAUACGACUUCAACGGCGGCGCCAGUGUUAUCGCGACCUUUGUCAACCAGCAUGCUUUCUUCUUGGACCGCGACCAACUCCUCGCCGAUGAGGUCCAAGUGGAUAGUGACACCUGGGAACAGCUGGCAGAUCCCGACUCAGAGCCUCCGACGGUAGAGCCAAGCUUACAAAACCUGCUGGACGAGAUCAAGAUCGUCAUGCAGGACGAGUCCAACCAGAUCAAGCUUAUUUUCCCAUACUACGAAACAGUGCUCAUCAAGUUCAUUCAACGAAUAUUUCAGCAGUCAAUCCAACAGAGGCUCGAAAUGGUAUUGGAUGAAACUCUAAAGAUCUCUUCACUGGCUUUCCUCAGAGCUUUGCACUCGUCUAGAACUUAUCUCGGAUCCCUAGUCGAGGACUUGAAGUCCCAUGGCUUAACAGAAAACCCCGAGCCAUGCUCGGCCCAAAUAGCACAUACUCUCGACCAGCAGAUGGAAGAGCUUUUUGUGCCAUAUAUGAUUGGCAACUCGUACAUCGAGCGAGAACGAAAGAGUUUAGAAGAAAUGUACAGCUCUCUGCUGUUCAAGUACAGUAUAUACCAUUCUAGACGGAAGAAGGCACCCACUGGCUUUAUGGCAUCUCUUGCCCAGCAGGGUACGCAGCUGAUUGCAUCAGCAAAGGAUGCCUAUAUCGAGCGUCUUGACUCUUCAGAACUUACGACCACACAAAAGCGCAUGAUGCUGCGUGUUGCCGGAGUCCAGGAGAAGGAUAAGGACAACAAGAACGAAAUCGAGGUCUCAGAAGAAGAUGGUGCCUUGAGCGUAGCAAACGCCAAGCGUAUGCUCAAGUGGUUGGCCGAGAGUGUUCAGCGCACAUUGGAGCUUGGCUCCCAGACCGAUACCCCCAAGGAUGUGAACACUCUUCUCAAUCUGCUUCUGACAAGUUUGGGUCAGGUGUACAUUGAGACAACUCUUGACGCUGCACUCGACCAGGUCUCUGUGCAAGAAAAUACGAAAACCGAGCCCGAUCUAUCAUAUUUACCAACGAUUCAUCCGGCCGUCACAAUUACGAGUCUCAUGGAUCGGUUCAUCACAGUCGUCCUCAUCCGCCUUGCGGAGUCAAACACAACAGUCAGGCGAAGCAUGGAGGCGCAGAAAAGGGUGGCCAUUAGUAACAUUGAAAAGAAGACAAACAACGUCAUAAAGGGCACCAUUGACGUUGUGUCCAACUGGGUGACAAAGUCACUGCUUGGCCAGAAAAAGCAGGAUUUCCGGCCAAAAGAGGUCGAACUCGACUCACUGCAGACACAAACGUGUUUGAGUAUCUGCACAUUCCUGGCCCGCGUUCAUCGUCUCGCUCGUCAAGCCAUCGAUGGUCAGAACUCUGAGAAGUUCUUCACCGAGUUGGCAUUGGUGCUUCUCAAGCUUCUCUUUGAGCACUUCAAGAAGUUCCAGGUCAACGCGACAGGUGGUCUCAUGGUGACGCAGGAUAUCGCAAAGUAUGUGUCCACGAUGCGCGAGUGGCCAACGUCAAAGGAGGUCACCUCUGCUGUCGAAAUGCUUACAGAGAUUGGUUCACUGUUCAUCGUCGGACCCGAGGCGUUGCGUGAAAAGACCAGGACAUUGGCGGCUACAGGUGCAAGAGGCGGCAAGUUAUCGAGGAUGGAUUUCAGAGCCUUCGUACAGAGGCGUGACGACUCGGGAACAAUAGGAAUUCAGGGCGUGUUGAGUGGUCUUUGA